AAUUUGGGGACAGGAAGUGGCUGACCCUGGAAGAGGAAGCCGCUGCCCCCGUGGGGAGAACCGCGAGUGCGCCGCUUUUAAGAUGGCGGCGGUCCCCACGAGGAAGCGUCCCCACCAGGAGGGAGACUCUGCUGACGGAGGGGCCUUUGAUCCCCGCCGCGCCGGGAAGAGGCGGCUGGUGGUGAUCCUGGAGGGGGCGUCGCUGGAGAGCGUGAAGGUUGGGAAAACAUAUGAAUUGCUGAAUUGUGACAAGCAUAAAUCUUUGCUUCUGAGGAAUGGCAGAGACCCUGGAGGAGUUCGACCAGACAUCACCCACCAGAGCCUCUUGAUGCUCAUGGAUAGUCCUUUGAACCGAGCUGGCCUUCUCCAGGUAUACAUCCAUACAGAAAAGAAUGUUCUUAUUGAAGUCAACCCACAGACAAGAAUUCCUCGCACUUUUGAUCGUUUCUGUGGCCUCAUGGUUCAGCUACUGCAUAAGUUUAGUGUCAGAGCUGCUGAUGGCCCUCAAAAGCUGUUAAAGGUAAUUAAGAAUCCAGUGACAGAUCACCUCCCUGUGGGCUGUGCAAAGAUAGGCACCUCUUUCUCAGCCCCCCAUGUGACAGACAUGCGUGACCUAGUCCCUACUGCAGACCCUAUAGCCAUAAUUGUGGGAGCUUUUGCCCAUGGCUCGCUUAAUGUUGACUACACAGAAAAGACCAUCUCUAUCAGCAACUAUCCACUCUCUGCUGCUUUGACUUGUGCUAAAAUCACCACAGCUUUUGAAGAAAUUUGGGGAAUAGUAUGAACCUACUGUUGUGUUAAUAGAUUCACAGAAUAUGGUAUUUUGGUCUAAUAGGGCAAUAUGUAUAUUGCAAAUGUUAUGUACUGCAUCCCUUAUUUAUGAGAAAUUCACCCUUAAUUACUUUUUUGUGGUAAAUAAAGAAUUUUUGUAUAUAGCA